AUGGGUUUUGCAGGAUUCAUAGUAUGGGGACAAACUUGCUACCAAGACAUGUCCGAUGAUGGGCAGAGCCCGACCAAAUGGGAGCGGAGUGUGCUACUGUUGAUGUACAGCCCUAUAGCAAUUUUGGGCUACCUGACGUAUCAUGAUUCUAUAAGAGACUCUAUUCUCCCAUCGAUUCAGACCGUAUGGAUUCAGCAAGCCUGCAAUGUACUCAUUACUAUACACUGCAUUCUGACAUUGACGAUCGUACUCAAUCCAUUGAAUCAGGACCUCGAAGAUCUCUUCCACUGCCCACAUCAUUUUGGCUGGCAGCGAGUACUACUGCGAACGGCAACGAUGGUGUCAGUGGUGUUUGUCGGCGAAAGUGUUCCGAAUUUUGGCCCAUUGGUGGAUCUUGUC